ACCAAAACUAGGCUAACUAGCAUGUGCCCUCAUUUCAACGCACUCAAAUUUAACAACAAUCGCUCGGUGAUCGACGGUUUUUAGGGAAAAUAUAAAGAUUUGCGAAAGCAAUCGACGAUCGUACCGUUGGAAUAUUAUCUUUAGAUAUAGAUCUCGCCAUUACUGGGUCUUACGAAGUUCCAUCAAACGAAUUUGUUCGCAAAUCAUCUAACAAAAUUUCAUCUGUUGAGUUUUCUCAUUUCUUCACUAAACCUCGAGGGAAAACGCUCGAGUUUCACUCUGAUUUGUGAUAAGGUGUAAUAUGGCACACAACCUUCAAGCAAGCAUGUCGUAAAUAAUAAUGUAGUCACUUUGAAAAGUAGCAAUGCUCAAAUCAUAAAUGAAUUUGAGCAAGGAAGUCUCUACAUUGUGUUUUUACGUAAGAAAUUUAAGCCAUGAUGCCUAGAACCCUGUUGGAUAAGAGGAAAAGUGCUGCUUUGAAUGGGGACAGUGACCUGAAUACUGAAAUGGAGAACAUUGCCAGGGAGACUGAUGUCAGUUUGGAUGAAAUGAUGAGCCUUGCCUGCCGGCAAGGGAAACUUGACAUUGUGGAGUUACUUCUUGAGAGUGGGGCUCAUGUAGAUUAUCGUAAUAAAGCAGGGAACACACCUUUACUUGAGGCAUGCAGUCAAGGACAUAAGGAUGUUGCCCACUACCUUUUAGACCAUGAUGCAAAUAUUGAUGCCGCAACUGACACCACCUCAGACAGUGCCCUAACCUGGGCCUGCACAUUGGGUAAUGAAUCAAUUGUAGAACUGCUGUUAUCAAAGAAAAGUGAUGUUGAGCAUCGUACAAAAGAUGGAUGUACUGCCCUGAUGUUCGCUGCCUUGGCUGGUCAUGUUAAGGUGGCCACAAUGCUCCUUGAUUGCAAAGCUAACAUUAAUGUUGAGUCUGACAGUAACAAAGAUAGCCCAUUGACUUUUGCAUGCUGGAAAGGACAUGUCAAUGUUGUUAAAUUGUUGCUGGAGCGGAACGCAAAUAUCGAGCAUCGUACUAAGGAAGGUUUCACACCACUGAUGUUUUCUGCUUUGGGUGGUCAUACAGAUGUAGCAAAGGAGCUAUUGAAACGUAAAGCCAAGGUCAAUGAACCUAGCGGCAGUAAUAAUGAUAUCCCAUUGACUAGUGCAUGCUGGAAAGGACAUCAUAAAGUUGUGAAAUUGCUUUUGGAAUACAAAUCAAACAUUGAGCAUCGUACCAAGGAUGGAUGUACACCACUUAUGCUUGCCGCUCGUGAGGGCCAUUUGAUUGUGGCCCAAUUAAUCCUUGAUGCUGGAGCCUUAGUAAAUGUUCCAUCAGGAAGUGAAAAUAAUAUCCCUCUAACUUUGGCAUGUUGGAAAGGUCAUACAGAUGUUGUGGAGUUACUUCUCAAUCAUAAUUCUGACAAAGAACAUAGGAAUAAAGCUGGUUGUACUCCUUUAAUGCUAGCUGCUAGAGAGGGGCAUUUAGCAACCACGAAAUUGUUGCUUGGUCUUGGUGCUGAAGUGAACACUCCGUCUGGUAGUAAUGAUGAUACACCAUUAACAUUAGCUUGUUGGAAAGGUCAUGACGAUGUUGUCGAACUACUUCUUGAUCACGAUUCACACGUGGAUCACCAAACCAAAACCGGAUGUACACCUUUAAUGGAAGCUACCAGAGAGGGGCACGAAAAAGUUGUGUCACUACUGUUGGAAAAUGGUGCUGAUGUUGAGUUACCGGAUAAUUAUGGUCAAAGUCCUCUGUUUAUGGCUUGUUGGAAAGGUCACCGUGACGUUGCAGAAUUAUUGUUACGAUAUAAUGCAAACCGAGAGUGCCGAACUAAGACUGGUAUCACACCAUUAUUCCAGGCUUGCCGAGAGAAUCAUGUAUCCGUUGUUGAACUACUUCUUGAUCAAGGAGCCAGUGUCACUGCAUCAUUUCCAAACAGCAGGGAAAACCCAAUGACCUUGGCGGCUGAGAAAGGGUACAUUGAGCUGAUGGAUAUCUUACUAAGCAGGGGUGGAAAUGUCGAUUGUCGAACAAAGAAAGGUUGUUCUCCGUUUUUUCUGGCCUGUAAAGAAGGACAUUUGGAAAUAGCAAGAUCCUUGUAUGAAAAUAGUGCUGAUGUUGAGGUUUGUGAUCAGAGGAACAUUUCCCCCUUGGUUGCUGCUUUCAAGAAUGGCCAUCAAAAGGUUGUCGAAUGGAUUUUAUCAAUCGCGAAGCAUGUUCCAUCAGAUGAACAGUGUCAGAAGUGUAUUACUGCCCCUUGGGAAGAGAAAGACAACGAGAGAGACUUACUUUACCUACGCACAAUGUGUUAUGAAAUGAUCAAAAAGGCAAAGAAAGUCAAGGAACAAGCUGCUUUGGAAAACGCCCAGAGUUUUCUUCAGGAACUAGAGGAAGACAAGGUUCGAGAAGAGAAUAAGAAGAAAAAGCAAGCUGCGAAAAGGAGGGAUAAGAGAAAAAAGAAGAAGAAACAAAAAGAAAAUGAACAGCAGAACAACACUACGAACAGCGAGGAGCCACAGCCGUCCGAGAACAGAACGACCACAACAAACAUGGAGGACGACACAACGUGCAGCGAGGAAGAAACAUCGCGACCUUCCGACACUGGUCGCGUUCAGCCAAGCUCUAAACGUAGAUAUUGGAAUUACGAGACCGAGAUUAAGAAUCGUAAGAAUGUCAGCACGUGUCGAGCGAUGACCGUGGGACAGGCACAAGACGAAAAGGUAAACACGAACAGCACAGAGGAACGUCGUGAUGAUCAACCCCAGGCCGUCUUUGAUGGGAACGAGCAGCAAGUCACGCCCAAGAAAGCUGAACGUCGUGAGAAAACCGCGCAGGAAGUCGAAAACAAUAAGAAAAACAAAGCUCAGGGAAAACGGAUCACGGCGUGUCGAUCCCAGGAUCAUAACCCGGAGCCUCAGGACAAUGUUCUGGUCGCUGAAGUGAUAAAUUACGAACGCUGCGUUGUGGAAAGUGAAGAUGCUGACGGGCGAUUCGAGUCGUGUGCGAAUGAAAAUGGGAAGCCGCGAAAUGAAAUGAUUGUUUCAGGUCAAGACCUCCCAGCAAGGGGAAAUGUCGUCAAGAGCUCUGGCCACAAUGACGUCAUCGUGAAAGAUGGUUGGAAACCUACAGCUCAACGUGCGAAACAAGUGUCCUCUGAUUAUCUUAAUUCGUGGAAGGAGGUGACCAGAAACAGUAGUUCAAUAAAGGUGAUGGUCAUUCAGCUUACAGCCCCGAAUGCAUUAUGUGGUAGAGUUAUAGGACGAGGUGGAACUAAAAUCAACGGAAUUACGGAGGAGUCAGGGGCACAAAUUACGAUAGGAAAACCAGAUCCAAAGAAUCCAAAUGACCGCGUUAUAACGAUCAAGGGGCCAGUGAAAUGCGUCCAGAAAGCCAAGCAACUGGUAUCAAACGCUCUCAACAGUCCAAGCAGUUUGACCGCAACACAGACACCAAACUUAUCAUCGUUUCCGUCGUCUUCAUAUGCCCAGCCACAGUCCAUUUCAUCAGUGGCUCCUAUACGGGGUAAUUUCGUCGCCAUCCCUAAAUCGUCAUCAGAAUGGCCUACGGUAAUGCAAGCCCACAGUGGUCCAGAAAAGCCACUGAGCAACCCGUCGGUCGGAAAGUCUGUCUCUGUCACCGACCAAAACAGCGGGAACAUCUCGCGUGAAACACGCGAGACACGCGCGCACUCAGCGCCUGAUUUGCAAUGCCCAACAGAGACGACAAGUGACCAGGUUAUACCUGGAGUAUGGUCGGUUGAAACAAAGACCAACAGUCCUCCAGUGUCUACCAUCGCCAAUACCAACGAAUCCCCUGUAUCUUCAGUGUCUUCUCAUAAUCCAACGACCGUGUCUUCUGCCACGAAGGCAAGGACGAAAAGUUAUGCUACCACUCAAGAUGGUUCGCGGCUCAGUUAUUGCGAAGUAGCCACAGGAAUUGAGAGUGUUUCUUCUAAGAACGAAGAUGAUAUCCAGAUGUCAACAGCGGUAUCCUACUCAUCUCCCGCCAACAAUUCGAGCCAGGUCUCUGGAAGUGGCGGCACUGACGAGGUCGAUAAUGUUUUUGCUGAUGAUGGCAAUAUUGAGGCUCAGAGCGGCAGCAUUAUAGAACGAGCAGACGUCAGUGAGAGUGUCGUUGCUAAAGAAGAUCAAACUGUGGAUUCGAAUCCGUGGAAGGAGGAUGUCAAAGAAAUUACCGAUGUGCAAGCCUUGCCUCCUAUGAAUUCCAAUCACUCACAGGAAACUUGUCGUUCUAUGAACAUGUUACCUCAGUCAUCAAGCCUGUUCAGCGGUUCCUCGUGGUCUACUCAUGAAAACAAGGAAUAUGACAAGGCACGGAGCAUCAGCUGGUCUGGGCAGGAUUGCGGUGAAGCGGAAGAUCAUUGUACUACACGGAACGAUUUUCAAUCAUCUCAACCAGAUAUCAACUCUCUGCCGUCUCAUUCAAUAUGGAGUCCAGUUCAACCAGGAGGAAUGACAGUUGAUACCGAUGUGGUCGAGUCGACGGCCUGGGACAAUUCAAAUAGCGCCAGUAGCAGCAGAAGCAGUAGUCGCCUCGAACUGUCGAGCAUCAUGGAAAAUGAAAAGAACGUGUCGACAUCGUCAUUUCAACGUACGACCGACGAAGAGAACACGUGUGACGUCAAGGAAUUGUGCGACGAAUAUACAGGAUCCUGGAUUUCCACUCGCGGUGCACACAGCGCUCCGUCUUCGCCGUCGCUCGUGAGAUCACGUGACCAGCACACGAAGCUUUCCCGACCAGUGACCGCUCAGUCAAGCUCGUACGACGACAUGAGCGACCGCUUGUGGUCAAGCCGAACGAAUGACGGGCCGUCUGAUUUCGACUCAGCGUGGAAUGCGAAUAUCACGCAGGCGCAGUCCAGUUCGAGUAUUUACAGCGAGCACGUGAACAACCGUAAUGCCAUGUCGCCCAAGUUAGGCUCAUUCAAACAGUAUCGUGAAACAUCUGGUGCGAAUAAGUGGAGCGAUCCUAUGCGAGACACCUCGCAUCAUGAUGUAGUCAGGCUGUUAGAGAGACUAUCUUUGACAAAGUAUAGACAGACAUUUGAGGAAAAUUACGUAACAAUGGACAAGCUAGCGAACAUGACAGACACUGAUCUACAAAAAAUCGGCGUUCCAAAGGGUCCUCGGUUAAAGAUCAUGCAUGCUGUUCAGAGAAGUAACGGUCUAACCAACGGUCCGGUGUCGCACAAACCGAUGAACGAAAGAGCAUCCAGCGGUGUACCGCCAUCUGACAUGCUUGGCCAUGCGCAAGCCUCUGGAACUUUGCUAAAUCACAUGCAAAUGGACCAGAAUGUUCGCGUGCCGACGCAGUCACCGUUCACUCAAGUUCUAGCCCCCCAGGUGUUGCAGAAGCAGCAUUCCGAAGGAAGUUUAAACCCAGUUUUAUUACCGUACCUAAACAACACCUCUGUUCCACAUCAUUCCCUACUGUCCCUCGACCCAAGUUUGGCCAGCCCCUCGCCCCAUUCUCACCUGGAGCAACAUAUGAACGGAUUACCUCCACAACAACAGUUCAUUAUGCCCCGUGUUACCGGUGAUCAGUACGAUCCACAGAGUUCGUAUAUGCCCAGCGGUGUACCCUAUCAACAACAGAUGUACUAUCCGCGGCCAGGGGCGUAUUAUUAUUACCCAUAGCUGGACUGUGUGUGAAAAGACUGUAAAAAUACUCGUGAUGAACACUUGUUGUGCUGUAAUAUUUCAAAUUGUAGACUGCCAUUGCAAUAAAAUUGCGAUUAAAGUGUGGUUUGGUGAUAUGUGAAUGAACUUUUUGUGGUGUACGUGUGGAACAUAAAAACCUUGGAUCCUUGAGCCCUGAUUCGCCUUACCCUCGAACUAUUGGAAAUAUAACUGGACAGCACCAACACAGCUGGUGCCGAAAAUAAAUCCAGUUUGCAAAGCAAUAAAAAUUCACCAUCUUGAAGGGGCGAAUUUUUCACCAAUAUUAAACAUCUAUAUUUCUGUUCAUGCAUCAACAACGUGCGCUCAAGCACAACACAGGGUUG